GAAACAGAAGAUUCGAAUUGUUAGGUUUAAGAGAGACAGAAAAAAUGCCCAACGAAAACGAGGAACUGUGAACUCCAAACUAGUCUCGCUAUCUGAAAACUUUGUUCCCGAAGAAGAAGAAGAGAAGAAGAGAAGGAGAACGCUCCAAUCAUUUUUCUCGCCUCCUGCAGGAGAGGGGUGAGUUGAGGUGGACGGCAAGCCCCUACUAAUACGGAUCUAAUGAGAAAAAUCGACGAUUAAUCUAUCGAAUACUCAACCGAUUGGCCCGUACGUCUCGUCACCAUGGCCUCCUCCUCGGGCGCCGAGACGCCGGCAGUGGAGGCGGCGGCGGAGUACGUGCCGAAGAACAUCCUCAUCACCGGCGCAGCGGGGUUCAUCGCGUCGCACGUGGCCAACCGCCUGGUCCGCGACUACCCUUGGUACCGCAUCCUCGCCCUGGACAAGCUCGACUACUGCGCCAGCCUCAACAACCUGGCCCCGGCUCUCGCGUCCCCCAACUUCCGCUUCGUCCGCGCCGACGUGGCCUCCGCCGACCUCGUCCUCCACCUCCUCAACGGCGAGCGCAUCGACACCGUCAUGCACUUCGCCGCGCAGACCCACGUCGACAACUCCUUCGAGUUCACCAAGAACAACGUCCUCGGCACCCACGUCCUCCUCGAGGCCUGCCGCCGCGCCGGCCCGGGCGCCGUCCGCCGCUUCGUCCACGUCAGCACCGACGAGGUCUACGGCGAGACGGACAAGGACGCCGCCGUGGGGAACCACGAGGCCUCGCAGCUGCUCCCCUCCAACCCUUACUCCGCCAGCAAGGCCGCCGCCGAGAUGCUCGUCAUGGCCUACGCGCGCUCGCACGGCCUCCCGGCCAUCACCACGCGGGGCAACAACGUCUACGGCCCGCACCAGUUCCCGGAGAAGCUCGUCCCCAAGUUCAUCCUCCUCGCCAUGCGCGGCGGCCCGCUCCCCGUGCACGGCGACGGCUCCCAUGUCCGGAGCUACCUCUACUGCGAGGACGUAGCCGAGGCGUUCGACGUUGUGCUCCACCGGGGAGAGGUUGGCAGCGUCUACAACAUCGGCACCACGAGGGAGCGCCGCGUCGUCGACGUUGCUCGUCACAUCUGCGGGCUCUUCGGCCUGAACCCCGGCGAGGCAAUCCGGACGGUCAGCGACCGGCCGUUCAACGACCACAGGUACUUCAUCGACGACCAGAAGCUCAAGGCGCUGGGAUGGUCGGAGCGCACCUCGUGGGAGGAGGGGAUCAAGAAGACGGCAGACUGGUAUGUCAAGCACGGCGCCGACUGGUGGGGUGCUGUUUCCGCCGCGCUGCUGCCGCACCCGAGGAUGCUCACGCCGCAGCAAAACUUCGAUUCGACCUCCAUGACCAACUUUGAUUUCAAUUAAUUGACAUAUACUCCAUUUAACUAGGUACGUAUCCUAUGUGUUUAACUUAUAAUUACAUCCUCAUAUCCUUAACAGCAAUCCAUGUUUUAUUUCACCAGUAUGUUCUAUAUGAUUCAUGAAUUAGGAGACAUGGCACCAGUAUUAAUUGCAUUUAGAAAGGUAGAUAGAUAUAUCUGAACAAGUAUCUGAGUUGCAUAGAUUGAUAUAGAUACAUUGCAUUGGUGGUGCCAAGCCUUAAUUAUGGGAUAAAGUUGAUUAUGCGUGUAAAGAGUACACACAUGCCAAGUUCUAGUUAUAUAUAAUUUCACAUUUAUAUAGCUUCAGUAGCUUCAGUCUCACUUGAAGGCACAUGAUAGAGAUUGCUGCGUUGAUCCACGGAUCACCUUUCAACUGAAAUACAGAUAAGACCAGUAAAAUAUUAAAUGACAGAUGAU